GGUACACAUGAAAUUACCAUUCGCUGUCUUCAACGUUCUAUGAUCUGUCAGUAGUCCGCGGACCGUCAAGCGGAAAGGAGGUGUAUUCCUUUCUCUGAUCGAGUCAACGCGCACGUGCGUGAAGCGUCUGUUCAAAAUUCCCGAAAGUGGUUUACAUUCAAAAGAAUCUUAUGCGAUCUUGAUGUAGUAACGAAGUAACUUAUAAUACGUGAUUUUAUUAAUUUUCUUUUUAAAUUAAUUUAGUAUUGUUCUUAAAAAUUAAGUGUCAUUCGUUUUGCCAGGGAAUUUGAGGCUGAAAUUUAGACUUUCAAUAAUUCAUGGUAGUGAAAUGCUAAUUGAUCACUCAGAGUAUUACCUUCAAAAUUCCCAUCGUGAUCAUGGUAGAAGAACAAUAGGAAUGAUUCUUAGGAUGACGUAAAGAUUCGUGCAAUAGAAUAUUGAUUACAUUCACCGAUUACGGUGUCAAAAGAUCGCGAAUUCAUAAUCGGUUUCCUAUCCAGGCUGAAAUUGAUUCAUGGAUGAAAGGUAGUGAUCUAUUUGAAAGAUUUAUAGAUAUUGGAUUUAAAUGAACAUUCACGAAUCGCGAAAGUGAUGUUACAAAAGAAAACCGAACGAUGACAUAACAAAGUUAGCGCAUAAAUUAUGAUAACGAGUAGCGUCGAAGAAUUUCGACAAUGGACACGUAAGUGUUAUUGCAUUGUCUUAGAACUUAGCAUAUCUCUGGCUCGCUUUAACGAAUUUUAGUUCAUUUUUUACCAAUAAUUGCGGCGAUAAUAACGUUUUCAUGUUGACACAAGAUUACUGUCGCUAAGCUGACGCUUCGUUAAAUACAUUGUUUUUCCUUUUUAAAAUAUGUUCACCCACUUUUCAUUGCGUUAAAAUCGCAAGGUUUCUUCUUUUUCUUUCACGAAAGAGGCAUAUUUAUUCAAUGAAAACACGCUCGCAUUUUUAUCAAACGUAUCGGAACUUAUCCAAGCGUAAGAGUAUUUUUAGUGAAUUUGAAACAUGUUGUCGAAAAACGAGACAAGCGUUCUUCGGGAUUUGCCGUACCGUACGUCGAAACCAUUUCCCGUGAAAUAUACCUAUCGUGACGUCAAAUAGGAAAUAGCGAAAACAAACACUCUAUUCCUGGUCUGCAAAACCAAUCUCGCGAAGAUUAAACAAUUUAUACUGCACUUGAUUACCAAAAAGAUGGAGCAAAAAAUUAUUGAAAAUAUUUUGCAAUAAAAUAAACCGUAAAAUGGAGUUGUGCAAGAAUUACAAAUUUCUACACGUACUCCGAAAUUCCGGAAGACGUAUCACUUGGAGCUGGCGAAUGGAAAACGGUACGAUCUUCCGGUUCACUGAGAACGAAUCCAACGAGGAUUGUUUGAUAGAAAUCGUUAACAUUUCUGUUCCUGUGAUCGCUAUCCUUGUUGCUGUGAUCGCAACAUUGAGAUACAAAUGCAGCAAACAGCAAAAAGAUGCCAGAAGAUUUCUUCCAUUUCAUGUAACCAGAACACUCCUAUGUAUGUCUUUGCUCGUGAUGCUUUUCUUCGAAGUCUGCGAGUCAUUUUUAACAUUAAUUUCCUUAUCGUCGAUCCUCACGAUCCUGGCUAUCCUCUCCUGUUGGUUCCUUCAUCGAGCAACCGAAAUUAGAGAUGGUUUUGGAACUGUGUUCACUGCUGCAAUUUUUGCCACCAUCGGUUUAUCAAGAGCAUGGAAAUUUACAUAUUUAUCUAGGUACGGUUUGUCGAUCGAACACGUUCGAUUCACGACAACAGCAAUCACCGCCAUUCUCUGCGGAUCGUUCGCUAUAUUGGAUUCUUACACCCUUUAUCUUACGACGAGGAAGAGGAAGAGGUACUUGAUCGACCGAACGGGCAACAGAAGGAUCGUCUACAAACAUUCCGAAGCACCUUUUCUUGGUAGAAUCACCUUCCACUGGGUGAUCGACCUUUUAUCCAAAGGUUAUAGUAGAUCUUUAGAUGCUCAAGAUCUUGGUCAACUUCCUGAAGAGGAAACAGCUGAGAAACAAUUUGACAAGUUUCGAAAGGUUUACGAAGAGCAAAGGGAAAGAAAAAGGAAACUAUCUCUCUGGCGAUGUUUCUGGAAAAGAAUAUGGUACCCCUUUGCAAUCGGGGGUUUCUUAAAAUUAUUAGGGGACGCUACAACCCUAGUUGCUCCAAUGACAAUUUCCAAAAUUUUGGACUAUGUUUCUAUUUCUCAAAAUGGAACAACAAAUUCUGCACCUGUUAUAUCAAAUAGUGCCAUGACGUUCUCUGAAAUUAUACAAAAUGGUUAUUUCUUGGGCCUGCUGAUUUUCUUCUUUGCCCUGUUACAAAGUACUCUGAGCCAGACAUCCAGUCAUAUCCUCUGCGUGGAAGGGAUCCGCUUGAAGACUGCUCUUCAGGCGUUGCUAUACGAUAAGGCUUUGCGUCUGUGUUCGUGGAGCAUCGACGAAGAGGAAAAUCCAUUAGACAAGGAGAAAGAACAAGACAGGUGUCAGCAGUCUGCUGAUAUCGGGACUCUGACAAAUCUCAUAUCAGAAGAUGUUUAUAACGUGAUGAGCUUUUUUUGGAUCGGUCAUUACGCUUGGGCAAUCCCCUUGAAGAUCACUGCUAUCAUUUUCCUUCUCUACACGAAGUUAGGGAUCAGUGCAAUCAUCGGUGCACUAUGUUGCAUACUCAUUGUAACACCGAUGCAAUUGAUACUUGGCAAGAGAAUGUCGGAAAAUUUCAAAUCAGUCGCUAAAAAGAGCGAUGCCAGGUUACGUUUGAUGAACGAAAUCUUGCAAGGGAUGAAAUUGAUUAAACUCAGAGCCUGGGAGAAGAUUUUUGAAAGAAAAAUAAAAAAAGCAAGGAACGAUGAAUUGAGAAUGUUGGACAAAGAUUCUUUCUAUUGGACUCUCAUUAAUUUUCUUACUCACGCAUCAUCGGUACUCACGACACUCUUCACUUUCGGCAUUUAUUUCUGGAUAGAAGAACGAAGUCUCGAAGCUGGAAAUGUAUUCGCAAGUUUAGCCCUAUUUUCGCAGCUCACUGUACCCCUUCUAAUUUUUCCCGUGAUGAUACCCAUCAUCAUCAAUGCAAUGAUUUCUACCACCAGAAUGGAGGAGUUUCUUCAGCUUCCAGAAAUCGACAACGUUCUACCAGAUACUGUCGAAGAAAAAUUCGAAACUUUGCAUUCUCGUACAAAUUCUAUCGACGACACCACUGUAAGUAUAUUAGAAAAUUUCAAAAAGAAAAUAAGAAAUCUUGUGAAUCUGAAUUUUCUGAAGGUGGAAACAAUGAAGCCUCAUAAUGCUGCAACUUUUGGAUCCUUGGACGAUAUCGAAGAAGACGAAGAAGAUGGAAAUUCCUGUGGUUUAAGAAAAUAUAAAUUAGACAUCGACUCUUCUGCAGAUACGGUGUUUGAGAAGGAUCCUGAAAUUCCGGUGCUUAGGAUGAAAAAUUGCUCGUUUUCUUUGGGCUCGGAAGAGGGUCGGUUGUCGAUAAAUCACCUCAACUUUCCACGAGGUCAAUUGACUGUAAUCGUCGGAAAAACCGGCAGUGGAAAGACAAUAUUGCUUGGAAUGUUGGGAGAAAUUCAGAGAACAACAGGAACGAUCGAGUGGGCCAAGGGCUCUAAGAUCGCUUACGUUGCACAAACACCAUGGCUAUUGAAUGCAACACUGAGAGACAACAUUCUCUUCGGAUCAGCGUAUAAAUCGAGAAGAUAUCGAAGCGUUUUGAAAGCUUGCGCACUGCAGCCGGAUGUAGAUAUACUUCCGGGACACGAUCUGACGAGGAUAGGUGAAAAGGGGAUUAAUUUGAGCGGUGGACAGAAGCAGAGGGUGACUAUAGCCAGGGCAAUUUAUAGCGACGCGAAUGUCAUCGUUAUGGAUGAUCCAUUAUCUGCGUUGGAUCACCAAGUCGGCCAGCAGAUUUUUGAUCAAGGAAUCCGGAAGUUGCUCCUUCGAAGUGGACGUACAGUGAUCAUGGUUACCCAUCGAUUAGAACUAUUAUCGACUACCCAUCAGAUCAUCGUCAUGGAUGGUGGACGAAUUCGAGCAGUAGGGACGAAAUCAUCGAUAGAGGAUUCUGAUCCAGAAUUAGCUAACGAAUGGAGGAACAGCACAACGAGGAAAAAUGAUGGACAUCGUGUUUAUAGAACUGCCAAAGAUAGAUGGUCUCUGAUCAGACUGGUAUCCAGGAUCAGCAUCAACGUGAAGAAUAAGCAGAGAGGGUCUUGGAUUACCGAUCAAGAUGCUCAUGUGGGUCCAUCAGCUUUUGUUCCACUUAGAAUGCGACGAGCAACCCUUUCAGGAUCCAGAUACUUAGCCCACGAUCUCACGGAUCUUCCAUUGCCCAGUGAAGAAUGGAAUACCUCGAAGAAGCGAUUCAAAUCGCAUAGAAACGCUGUUAGAUCCACCAGUCUUCAGCCUCAAAGGCAGCCUCCUCCUGUUCUUCGACAGAGCAGCACCCCGACCAUCCUUGAGGGUGCACACAUAGUUCCCUCCAGGAAAAGAAAUAAUACCUUUGAUAAUGGACAACCUAGCAGUGUCCUGAGACAGAUAUUUUCUGGGAGAAUCGUCAGUCCACAUCCUGAUGAAAUACCUCUAAACAGAGAUAAAAGUGCCCUCCACAGAUUGAUACCACCUAAUUCCAAUAGACAGAUGCAGUACAAUGUCAAAAAAUCGAAUGGAGAUCAAGAGCAUGAUCUACCUGUUAAACGAUUAAUAUCAGUAGAAUCGAAAGGAACCAGUGAAGCCCAGGAAAUUGAAGAAAAAAUUGAUGGUACUGAUGAAGAAGAGGAUAGAAGCGGAGUGGUAACCUGGAUGAUCCUGGUGGAUUAUCUGAAAGCUGGAGGCUGGAUAUCUGGUCUGAUCUACAUAGGUGUAGCAAUUUUCUGUCAGGUUCUUCGCGUUUACACGGAUCUCUGGUUGAGUCGAUGGACAGACCAGGAGAGUGAUAGUUUAUCCGAGAAAAAUCCGGAUGUGACGACAUUAUUCUACUUCAAAGUAUACAUAACUCUCUCGAUAAGCUUCAUAUUCCUAUCUUUCGUGUGCAAUGCAACGGGUCAAUGGACAGGUGCCAGAGCAAGAAGAAAAUUACACGAAGAAGCUGUAUCCAGAUUGCUUAGGGUACCAGUGUCUUUCUUCGACUGCAAUCCUGUUGGUAAAAUUCUCAACAGAUUCAGUGGUGAUACCGGUGUAAUAGACAAGAAAAUCUCCAUGUCUAUCCAAAGACUGACAUUCUUCGUUCUACUUUGUGGAUCAGCGAUUAUAGUGAACGUAGUAGUCUCCCCAUGGUUCUUAAUCGCAGCUGUACCUACUUGCGCUGCUUAUUAUCUUGUUCAAAGAUUUUACAGACGCAGCGCCAGGCAUUUGCAAAGAUUAGACGGAAGCACUCGAUGGCCAAUUGCCACCCACUUCUCAGAGACCCUUCGUGGUUUGGCAACCCUGAGAGCUUCCAAACAAGAGAAUCGUUUCAUGCAGCAAGCUCUGAAGUGUUUGGACACAAAUACUAACGCUUUUCUACUUCUAAACUCGAGCAGUCGUUGGCUAGGCAUCGCUUUAGACUAUCUAGGCGCAGUGAUAGUGGUCACUGCAACUUUUGCUGCUUUAAUUUCCGCCGAGUUGUACCCAGACCGUGUAACGCCUGCUUUGGUCGGCCUGGCGAUUAAUUACACGCUUCUAGUGCCAAUUUACUUAAAUUGGGUGGUGAAAUUCACAGCCGAGAUUGAGAUGUACCUGGGUAGUGUGGCUCGAAUCUCGGUGUACAGAUACGCUCCUGUUGAAGAUUAUCAUCAAGAAGGUCUCCGUGUAUUUGAAAAUUGGCCCACUAAAGGUGAAAUCAUUUUCGAUAAUGUAUCUUUGAGAUACGAUUCACAGACAGAGUCGGUAAUCUCAAAUUUAUCAUUAAUGAUUCCAGCAGGUCAGAAGAUUGGUAUAUGUGGAAGAACCGGAAGUGGAAAGUCCUCCACAGCAAUGGCACUGUUUCGAUUAUUAGAAAUCACGCAAGGUCGUAUUAUGAUCGAUGGAAUUGACACUCGUCAAGUAUCAUUAAGGAUACUUCGUUCACGAUUGUCAGUAAUUCCUCAGGAUGUGAUUAUGUUCAGUGGUACCAUCAGGAAGAAUUUGGAUCCCCUAUCGGAACACGAAGAUGGUGAAUUGUGGGAGGCUUUGGAAGUAGCCCAGAUCAAGGACGUCGUAGCUUCUCAUCCUGAAGGACUCGAUUUCGAGGUGCGAGAGGGAGGGGAAAACUUCUCUUCCGGUCAGCUUCAGCUACUCUGCAUGGCCCGCGCUGUUCUCCGGAAGUCCUCGAUCGUCGUUCUCGAUGAAUCAACUAGUGCACUUGACUCUGCUACCGAAAAGAGCCUCUUGAAAGCAGUUUCCACCGCCUUCAAGAAUAAAACAGUGAUCGUUAUCGCGCAUCGAGUAGCGGCGUUAUUGGAAUGCGAUCGGGUGAUCGUUUUCCACGAGGGCAAAAUCGUCCAGGAUGGUUCACCGAUGGAUCUAUCUCAACAGCAAACUGGAUUUUUCGCAAAUAUGUUGAAAUUUAACGAAGAAAAUGAUGAGAUGGCUGAUUAAGAAAUAAUGAAGUUGUUAUUGAAAGACUGAAACAAUUGAAUGUCUCUGAAGUGCUAUAUUUAUUUUUUAUACUGACGAUAAAUGUAGAUUAAAUAAGAUGAUAAAUUCUUAAAUUAUUUUUAUAAAAGGUGAAAGUAAAAUAAUUGUUGAUAAAUCGUAAGUAUAUCUCAUAACAAAUCAACCAGAAAUCGUCAAUAACGAACAGAGGUUCGAAGAAACUGUUUUGAAUUUAUAAUUGAACAUUGAAUUUAUAAUUAGUCGUUACGAUUAUGAAGUCGAUAGUAAAGUUACUGACACACAUAUGUCAUAA